ACCAUUCCCCAGUGCGUCCCCGGUGUGCCUCAGCUCCUCGGCGCCCCGCUCUGUGCAUCCCCGGUGCCUCCCUCUCGUUCCCCGCUCCAUCCUCCGGUGCAUCCCCAGUGUGCGUGUGUGUGUCUCCGUUUCCCGGUGCAUUCUACGGUGCAUCCUUGGUGCAUCCCUCCCGUUCCUUGCUCCAUCCUCCGAUCCAUCCCCGGUGUGUCGUUCACCCCUCCCCGUUCCCUGGUGCUUCCCUCGGUGCAUCCCCGGUUCGUGUCCCCCCCUCUCCGUUUCCCGGUGCAUCCCUUCCCGUUCCCGGCUCUAUCCUCCGGUGUGUCCCCGGUACAUGUCCCCCUCCCUGUAACCCGGUGCAUCUCCAGUGUCCGUCCCCCAACUCGGUGCAUCCUCCUGCUCCCAGCUCCAUCCUCCGGUCCAUCCCCGGUGUGUCAUUCUCCCCCUCCCCGUUCCCCGGUGCAUCUCCCGGUGCAUCCUCACUGUCCAACCCCCGCCGCGCUUCUCCCCUCCGCCGCCCGCCCCCGCCCCGCCCCGGUGCCAGCCCCGUCGCAGCCUCUCCCCGGUCCCGGUAGCCCCGGCGGCAGCCCCGGUAGCCCCCGGCGCGGCCCGGUGCGGCCCCGCCAUGGCCAAGCAAUACGACGUCUUGUUCCGGUUGCUGCUGUUGGGCGAUUCGGGCGUGGGCAAGACCUGCCUGCUCUGCCGCUUCACCGACAACCAGUUCCACCCCGCCCACAUCUCUACCAUCGGCGUCGACUUCAAGAUGAAAACCAUCGAAGUAGAUGGCAUCAAGGUGCGGAUCCAGAUCUGGGACACGGCAGGGCAGGAGCGGUACCAAACCAUCACCAAACAGUAUUACCGUCGGGCACAGGGCAUCUUCUUGGUGUAUGACAUCAGCAGUGAACGUUCCUACCAGCACAUUGUCAAGUGGGCCAGCGACGUGGAUGAGUACGCACCCGACGGCGUCCAGAAAAUCCUCAUUGGCAACAAAGCAGACGAGGAGCACAAGAGGCAAGUGGCCAAAGAGCAAGGGCUGCAGCUGGCCAGAGAGUAUGGGAUGGACUUCUACGAGACCAGCGCCUGCAGCAAUCUCAACAUCAAAGAGUCCUUCACGCGGCUGACGGAGCUGGUGCUGCAGGCGCACCGCAAAGAGCUGGAGGGGCUGCGCGCCCCGCCCCGGACUCCCACCCUGGCCCGGCUGGAAGACACCGAGCCGCAGCAGCGCCCCCCCAGCAGCGAGGAGAACCCCAAAAGCUGCUGGUGUUGAAGGCUAGACCCUCCCCCACCGCUCACCCCACUAACCCACACCCCCAGACCCGCACUGAUUUGGGGUGAGCACAGUGGGUGCAGGAUUGGGGCAGCCCCCACCACGGGAGGGGGGCGGCAGUGGGUGACCUCCCCACACACCCUUGGGGGUGGUGGGAACCACACAGGAGUCACUGGGGUGCCCCCUCUCCCCUUACAGUGGUGUGAGGGAGUGUUUGUGGGGUGUCAUGGGCGCUCUGUGCCCACCCUGUGCCCCCCCAACCCUGUACCCAUUGGACCCCCCCCCCCCCCCUUAUUUUACACACACGGUUUGCAGAAUAAAGGUGAUGCUGGA